AUCUGGAUAUCUGGCUGUGUGCCAAAGCUAUUCCGGCCUUUCAUGUGGAGGAUUAUACACCAACAUCUUCUCCCCAGAACAGACUGUGCUGGGCACGUUCACUCCGUUUGGCCAUGGCAGCAUUUAUCUUCCUGAGAGCAAUGUGUUCAUACUACACUACAAUCAAGUUGGCGGGGUAGUAACUGAUAAGGAUGGAGAAAAAAUUAAGGAAUGGGAUUGGCCAAAAAAGGGGAAAUUAUCCGACCCUAUCAUGUUGCAGGUUAAUGACUACCUCUCUGUUAGAAUUGCUGGACAGUUUGCCAUUAGCUUGAUCUACCAUUGGCAGCAUGAAACUGUACGCUUAUCUCUGUCACCGCUCAUGGACGUGCCUCCGCCCAAGACUGAAGACCUGGGUCAUCUUAUGACAAGCGAGAAUUUUUCAUCAAAAACUGCCAGGGAACUUAGCAAGGCAAACAGGAAAAAGGCAAAGGAAAAAGAUACAAAGAGGAGCCCCAGAAAAAUGACAAUUUUAUCAGAGCUGGCAAAGACACUUGUAAUUCCCGAGCAUCAGAUCAGUCCUUCAAAUGACUUCAGUGCGGCUCUUGAGCUGAGAAAGCUUCAGAGAAAGAUUAGAAACAUUAUAGAUGACUGGAUGGACCAUUACCGAUUGGCUUCUGGUCUUGACUCGCUACAUAUAAAGAAGAUGUUAGAUGCACCACCAAAAACAUCACGGAAGCGGAAAGUUCGGUCUGCUGCUGUCCUACCAGUUACAGCCCCUAUUCUGGGGUCCCAGCCUGUCCCGGAGACAGAUGCAGGGGGCUCACCUAUUAGAGAGAGCCAUCUUUUUUAUGGGCGCUUCCUGUCAGCUCCUGCCCAUCCUCAUACAAUGCGUUGGGAUACUCCGCAGAUCUCUGCUUCCCCUAGGCCUUCAUCCCUUUCAGGCACGCUGAGAAAAGAGCACACUGCUUCUGCUGAUCCAAGUCUAAGUAAAAAUGAAUGUGAUAAUAUUGGAAGGAAAUUCGGGACAGAUGCCGUCCUGCCACCACCUGUAUCUUCUCUUGAACUAGACCCUGAGAAGCUUUGGCAUAUGUCACAUUACGCCUGCCCAUUGGUCUUACAGAGACUCCUGCUGGGUGAGGACAGUGGUAUCUGCAGGUGUAGUAAUCACCAGGUUCCCUAUGUAACAGACCUGGAGUUUGACCAGCUGAUUAAUAACAAGACAUUGUCCUCAGAGCAGAUCAUUGUUGUGUGUGUUGUGUCGUCCCUGGACUCAGAGGAACAACACAACAGAGAUGAGCUAGACCAUUUGUAUGAAAAGAAGAACCGAUACAGAAGUAUGCCAUGCAUGCAGAGCCAGCUAGACUCCUUCCGCCUACUGAAGUAUAACAUCAACACGUGCAAUAUGUACACAGGUCACGAAGAUCCCUUGCUAGUUCAGCGGCACAAUGCAGCUCCGGGGAUGAUCCUGAUGUAUAUCCGUGGGAAACUGGUGUUUGCCAACUACAUUUUCAAUGGCUAUAGCAGAUCAAUAAAAGAUCUCCAGAAACAAAUAGUGAAAAGCAGGAGUGACUACCGGACAGGAUGCCACUUGCCAAAUGACUUUAAAUUUAGUUUGCUCCUUUAAAUCAGUGGAAGUGUAGACAAGGACAAGAUGCGCCCACUGGUGUUAAACAUUGAAGAAAAAUGUGUCCCUGUCAAGCCAAAAGUACCAAAUCCAUAACUUCAGAAACACAUGAAGACGCACGUCACUGCAAGAAAUAUGAUUACCCUGCACAAGAAACAUUGACUAGUUUGCAAUAGAUUAGAGGAACCUAUAUUUUGUUGCUUGUUUGUGUUCUAUCUGUAUACAUAAACACAAGGACACUUCUGCAGAAUUCCAGAAACCAUCAUCAUCAUCAAGUCCAGCUUCUUGUAGUUGCAAGCUCCAUAUUACACCUAUGAUUGAUAAGGAACUAGAAUGUAUGGAUGAUGCUUAACUCUGGAGUCACUGACAAUAAUAAUAUACUAACUGAUGUGCCCGGGUUCAACAGGGCAAAGGUUUGCUGGGCGGAACAUUUUACCCUUAUUCACCCCCUUCGGAGCCGAAUUUGGAAAAAUCCCUGCUUAGUGGGUGGCUGCAAAUAACUAUCACAGUUUCCAGACCACCCAGCAGGUCACAUGUUCCAGGGUGAGGCGGUCAUUAGGUCGACAAGCAUUAGGUCAACAUACAUUGGGUCGACCACUGAAGGUCCACAUGCAUUAGGUCGACAUGGUCAUUAGGUCGACAUGAGGACUACAAUUGGGAACGGUAACCUGGGCCGAGCACAGCGGUAGUGGAGCGAGGCACCUUGCGCGAGCCAUGCGAGGGGACGCGGUGCACUAAUUGGGAUUCCCCGUCACUUUACGUAGAAAACGACACCAAAAACAGUCAAAAACUCAUGUCGACCUUGUACAUGUUGACCUAAUGACCAUGUCGACUGAAUGCAUGUUGACCUUCAGUGGUCGACCCAAUGUUUGUCGACCUAAUAAACCACACCCGUUCUAGGUCACCCAGCAGGUGCAUAGAGAGAGUCCACCAACUGUCACAAUGGUGAUGCACUGUAAAUGGCAGUCUGACGUUUUACCACAUAACUCCGAAAUAAAGUAACCAAUUACAACGCCAAUAUAAUUCUGCAAAUCUUAGGACCAAGGGCCUAAUUCAAGGUUAAUUGAAUCUUCCUCUAAUUGGCAAAACCAUGUACAGUGCAGGUGGGGCAGAUGUAACAUUUGGAUGGGGUGUGUUCAAACUGAAAUCUAAAUUGCAGUGUAAAAAUAAAUCAGCUAGUAUUUACCCUGCACAGAAACAAUAUAGCCCACCCAAAUCUAACUCUCUCUGCACAUUAUAUCUAACCCCCCCCCCCCCCCCCUUCUACUGCAGUGCGCAUGGUUUUGCCCUUUAGAGCAAGAUUUUGCUUUUGCAACCACCUUUGAAUUAGGCUUCAAGAGCUUUAGGGGUCUAUUUACUAAGCUUUGGAUGGAGAGUUAAGGCCCGUACACACUGGCUGAUAUAUCGGCCGUUCUCUUGAACGGCCGAUAUAUCGCGGGGGAUGCGGUCAACAUCCCGCUGGACAGGAUCCCGGCGGUCGAAAUACCGACGCCGGAAUCACGACCGCCACAAUCCCGACAUAUUCUCCCUCCGUGGGUGUCCACGACACCCAUAGAGGGAGAAUAUAUUAGUGUGCCGAGCGUAGCGAGGCACCAUGCCCGCAGCAUGGCGAGCGAAGCGAGCCCGCAAGGGGCUGCGUUCCGCUCGCUACCCCUGUCGGGAUUGUGUGGUCGGGAUUCCAGCGUCGGUAUUUCGACUGCCGGGAUCCCGUCCAGCGGGAUUACGUACUGAUCCCAUAUCGCGGGUCCGUCGCCCAGUGUGUACGGCCGAUACGUCUGUGAACUCCGUCGUUCAAUUGAUCUGCAGAUAUAUCUAUCAGUGUGUACCCACCUUAAGUCCCAGCCAACCAGCCCCUAACUGUCAUUUUUCAAACCCAGUCUGUGACAUGACAGUUAGAAGCUGAUUGGCUGGUCAUUUAUCUCCGUCCACUUUAUCUCCAUCCAAGGCUUAGUAAAUAGACCCAUCAAUUUGGUAUAGGAUGUGCCCUGCUCAGACAACGGCAUCAUAGAAAUAUGUCACUCAUAAAAGUCAUCCUUCUAUUAAUAUAUAUUUUGAAUACAUUAAUAAAUAUGGAUAAUGAUG